AUGAGGGACAAAGAGAGACCGAUAAGCAGCGAACGGGACCUUGAGGGCUAUGAGCGAUCUGCUGUUGAGAAUCAUAUGCGGAACAUAAUCGCAGAGCUUUGCAAGAUACCUACCGCUCGAGAUGAAUUCCGUUUGGGUGAUGGAGUCCAGUUCGACAGCCAUGCCAAUGGCAUUGAUCUACAGACAAACCAACCAUCAAGAUCCGGAUCUUCCAGGCCUGAUCAGUAUUGCAUACACCGCAUUGACGAUGGUACUAGCGCACUUCUUACCACAGUCGAGUACAAGCCUCCACAUAAGCUACCUGUUGAGAGCCUUCACAGAGGUCUUAAGUCCAUAGACUUCUGGGAACAGAUGGUCAAGGCUCACGGUGUCCUAAUAUCGAGGACGAGAAAGCUGAAAGGAUCAUUGGAAGUGAACCCAGAAGAUGAUCAGAGUUUUCUGCAGCCAGCAACAGCUAUCGCUCGGGUAUUGUGUCUCUGUCUGAUGAGUUUUCGCUCACGUCUUCGUAGCCAACAGUGGCGAAACGAAGCAGACGCGCAGCUCCCAAUCUGGAAGUCUAGCUUUGGUAGCUUAGAUGGCACUUGGUCUACAGUCUCCGAAUUUGAAUCGCCACAAAGUAUCCCGAAUUCAAAGCACACUUAUCCUAGCCCCAAAUCCACCACAUCCGAGUUUCUGCCGCCGUCGUCAUCCUCAGCGGAAUCCCCUACCGCUGAGGGACGCCGAGCGCCAACCCGGUCUCGGCCUGGCUGCUCACCUUUCACCGCAACACACCAUGAUAAAUUCUCAGAUUCAGAUUCGGAUUUUCAAGCUUCAAGUCAACGAAAACGUGGUUUUAGCAAGGUUGGCUCUUCUCCGCCGGUUCAACGAGUGCAUAACGCACGCUUUUGUACACAGCAGUGUCUACAUGGCCUGCAGCAGGGUGAUCUGCUCGAUGAUGCCUGCCCGAAUGUGAUGCUCCAUAAACAGGGUGGAGACGGUAGGCGGCACGCCAUUGAUUUCACAACUUUGGUGCAACUGGUGAAGCGACAGCUGGGUGACAAUAUCGACCGGAACUGCACGCCAAUGGGAGACUGUGAAGCACCAGGAGCACUGUUCAAGCUCACCUGUGCUGCAUAUGGGUACACUGUUGUUGGAAAAGGCACGACCUGCUGGUGGCCGGAGCUCUUGCGCGAAGCUGAGGUUUAUCGUGUCCUGCAGCAGGCUCAGGGUUCUGCAGUUCCUGUUUUCCUGGGAGCAAUUGACCUAAAGAAAACCUACUUCCUCCAUGGGGCUGGAGCAAUUCGGCAUAUGCCCUCAAGCAGCAGCGGAACGUGCUGGGGAUAG